GUAGUGUUUGCCAAUGUUGGAGUCGUCUGCAAAGUGUCCCCGGCGAGAAGUUUUUGGAGCCGUGAGGGAUACAGCAGUUUGGUCAAUAUUGUUUUAACAUGCUUCAAAUAAAUCAGGAAGAGUCCCUUCCAAUAGCAGGGAAUAGGGAAAGGGGAGCCAGCAAAGAGACAUAGAAACUGUGUCCAAGUCACUUUCUGGGACCAGGGAUGGAAACGAAUUCUUCUGUGGAGAGACUUGGCUCGGCAGCUUCUCUCCAAGAUAAAAUGGCAAACCCCAAAGAGAAAACUCCAAUGUGUCUGGUAAAUGAGUUAGCCCGUUUCAAUAGAGUCCAACCCCAGUAUAAACUUCUGAAAGAAAGAGGGCCUGCUCAUUCGAAGAUGUUCUCAGUGCAGCUGAGUCUUGGGGAGCAGACAUGGGAAUCCGAAGGGAGCAGUAUAAAGAAGGCCCAGCAGGCUGUUGCUAACAAGGCUUUGACUGAAUCUACGCUUCCCAAACCAGUUCAGAAGCCGCCCAAAAGCAGUGUUAACAAUAACCCAGGUAGUAUAACACCAACUGUGGAACUGAAUGGGCUUGCUAUGAAAAGGGGAGAGCCUGCCAUCUACAGGCCGUUAGAUCCAAAGCCUUUCCCAAAUUAUAGAGCUAAUUACAACUUUCGGGGCAUGUACAAUCAGAGGUACAAAAAUAAAUUGGGUAAAAUAGUUAUUAAAGAAAGUGGACCACCACAUAUGAAAAGCUUUGUUACUCGGGUGUCAGUGGGAGAGUUCUCUGCAGAAGGAGAGGGAAAUAGCAAAAAACUAUCCAAGAAACGUGCUGCAACCACUGUCCUGCAGGAGCUUAAGAAACUUCCACCUCUUCCUGUGGUUGAAAAGCCAAAACUGUUUUUUAAAAAACGCCCUAAAACAAUAGUAAAGGCUGGACCAGAAUAUGGUCAAGGAAUGAACCCCAUUAGCCGCCUGGCUCAAAUUCAACAGGCCAAAAAGGAAAAGGAACCAGAUUACGUUUUGCUUUCAGAAAGAGGAAUGCCUCGACGUCGGGAAUUUGUGAUGCAGGUCAAGGUAGGCAAUGAAGUUGCUACUGGAACAGGACCCAAUAAAAAGAUAGCCAAAAAAAAUGCUGCAGAAGCAAUGCUGUUACAGCUUGGUUAUAAAGCAUCCACUAGUCUUCAAGAUCAACUUGACAAGACAGGGGAAAACAAAGGAUGGAGUGGUCCAAAGGCUGGGUUUCCUGAACCAACAAAUAACACUCCAAAAGGAAUUCUUCAUUUGUCUCCUGAUGUUUAUCAAGAGAUGGAAGCCAGCCGCCACAAAGUCAUCUCUGGCACAGCUCUAGGCUAUUUGUCACCCAAAGAUAUGAACCAACCCUCAAGCUCUUUCUUCAGUAUAUCUCCCACCUCGAGUAGUUCAGCUACAAUUGCCAGGGAACUCCUUAUGAAUGGAACAUCUCCUACAGCUGAAGCCAUAGGUUUAAAAGGAAGUUCUCCUCCUCCCCCUUGUUCUCCAGUACAACCUUCAAAACAGCUGGAAUAUUUAGCAAGGAUUCAAGGCUUUCAGGUUCACUACUGUGAUAGACAAAGUGGCAAAGAGUGUGUGACCUGUCUGACAUUAGCCCCUGUGCAGAUGACUUUCCAUGCUAUUGGAAGCUCCAUUGAAGCCAGCCAUGACCAGGCAGCUUUAAGUGCCUUGAAACAAUUUUCUGAACAAGGACUGGAUCCAAUGGAAGGAGCAAUGAAUAUUGAAAAAGCUUCUCUUGAAAAACAAGCCCAGCAUCUGGGAGAGAAAGCAGACAAUAACCAGACACACCCGGGCUCCAUCGCUCAGGACUGCAAGAAAUCAAGGUCGGUCAUCUAGCAGCUCCCAGAGCUACGGCUGCCACCGCAUCCUUAUAAACCUGUCAGCACGCAUGAGGGUGUCUGUGUUCAAGGAAAUGAAUGACUAAUGCCAUGAUCUGAGUCUUAUGUGAAGACAGCACUAUUCUAACACCAGAGAUAAUAGACAUAGUACUGUUUAUUCAACUGGGGGAAAAUAAAACUUUGAGCAUUUCCCUUGGAACUUGAGAUCAGAUCAUAACUCAUUUGCCCAGAGGCAGCAGAAAUCUGAUCCUGCUACUGGAGCUUAAAAUAACAAUUAAUGAAAAGUGUUAGAAACAGAGGUACAAUUCUUAAAUGAUUAAUAGAGAAAUUGGGUUUGGUUCUGUUGUUACGAUUGUUUUGUCGUGGCGCUUGUGUUCACUUAUAUUCUCUCUCAUUUUAAAUAAUGCCUGAUGAUUCAAAGAAUAACCAAUGAUGUGCUGUGGAAUGUGACGGUCGUUGUCUUCAUAUAGAGUCACACAGUUUCUCUUUUUACGCAGAUAUUUGUAAUCUCCAUCCUAUAUCAGUCUGAAUAACUUCGAGGCACACCACUCAAAGAUGUAUGCCAACAAACAUGGUUGAAAUCAGGUCAGACAUUUGAUUACAAAUAUGAAAUAAUGUUAGGAGCAAUUAGUUUCAAUAGACUCCAGGAAUUCAAAAAGCAAACAAAAACCACUUGUGGGUCUUGAAUGCCAUCAUCCUAUUAGCCACUAAGGAGGCGUCUUGCCUCUCCAGCCAUUUCUGUGGAUUCCACGUUCACAGUGGACAUUGCACCCACCCCAUCCGUGUGUUGUAAGCCACUCACUGUUUGCAUCCAAAGUGUUUUCUGAUAACUGCCUCUGCACUUGGGGCAGUGAGUGGGAUCAAGAGAAAUAGCGUUCAUGGCGGGGAAGGGAAAGCCUGUGGCUGUGGGAGGAGCCGUAGAGGUCCUGCCAGUUUGUAGCCAGCCACGCUCUGGACCAGCAUGUUGGAAUCCAGCGUGGAGCCAAUGCAGUAAAAAUGUGGUCGGUGUCUGUGUGAA